UGAGGGGACAGAGAGCACCCCUCUCCCCCGCCCGCGCCCCCAAAGCGCGUGACCCCGUCUCCUCUGGCCCGGACACCCCUCCUUCCCCUUGACGCCACCACCACGUGCGAACCCUGAGCCCGAGCAGAGGAGGGGGUCUCGGCGCGGAAGAUGGCCGGCGGCGUGGACGGCCCCAUCGGGAUCCCGUUCCCCGACCACAGCAGUGACAUCCUGAGCGGACUCAACGAGCAGCGGACGCAGGGCCUGCUGUGUGACGUGGUGAUCCUGGUAGAGGGCCGCGAGUUCCCCACGCACCGCUCGGUGCUAGCCGCCUGCAGCCAGUACUUCAAGAAGUUGUUCACAUCAGGCGCCGUGGUGGACCAGCAGAACGUGUACGAGAUCGACUUCGUCAGCGCUGAGGCGCUCACGGCCCUCAUGGACUUCGCCUACACGGCCACACUCACUGUCAGCACGGCCAACGUGGGCGACAUCCUCAGUGCUGCCCGCCUGCUCGAGAUCCCCGCUGUGAGCCACGUGUGCGCUGACCUCCUCGACCGGCAGAUCCUGGCAGCCGACGCAGGCGCCGAUGCCGGGCAGCUGGACCUCGUAGAUCAAAUUGAUCAGCGAAACCUCCUUCGCGCCAAGGAGUACCUCGAGUUCUUCCAGACCAAUCCCAUGAACAGCCUGCCCGCCACCGCGGCUGCCUCCUUCCCAUGGUCUGCCUUUGGCGCAUCCGACGAUGACCUGGAUGCCACCAAGGAGGCUGUGGCGGCCGCCGUGGCCGCCGUGGCUGCUGGCGACUGCAAUGGCUUGGAUUUCUACGGGCCCGGCCCCCCGGCUGAGCGGCCUUCGGCCGGGGAUGGGGAUGAGGGCGACAGCAACCCAGGUCUGUGGCCAGAGCGGGAUGAGGACGCCCCGGCAGGGGGCCUCUUCCCAACCCCCGUGGUCCCACCAUCCACCGCCACGCAGAACGGCCACUACGGCCGGGGCGGGGAGGAGGAGGCAGCCUCACUGUCGGAGGCAGCCCCGGAGCCAGGCGACUCUCCGGGUUUCCUGUCGGGCGCAGCUGAGGGCGAGGAUGCGGACGGGGCUGACGCGGACGGGCUGGCGGCCAGCACGCUGCUGCAGCAGAUGAUGUCGUCGGUGGGCCGGGCGGGGGCGACCACAGCGGGGGACAGCGAUGAGGAGUCACGGGCGGACGACAAAGGUGUUGUGGACUACUACCUGAAGUACUUCAGCGGCGCCCACGACGGGGACGUCUACCCGGCCUGGUCACAGAAGGUGGAGAAGAAGAUCCGGGCCAAGGCCUUCCAGAAGUGCCCCAUCUGCGAGAAGGUCAUCCAGGGUGCCGGCAAGCUGCCGCGCCACAUCCGGACCCACACGGGCGAGAAGCCCUACGAGUGUAACAUCUGCAAGGUCCGAUUCACCAGGCAGGACAAGCUCAAGGUGCACAUGAGGAAGCACACGGGCGAGAAGCCGUACCUGUGCCAGCAGUGCGGGGCGGCCUUUGCGCACAACUACGACCUGAAGAACCACAUGCGCGUGCACACCGGCCUGCGGCCUUACCAGUGUGACAGCUGCUGCAAGACGUUCGUGCGCUCCGACCAUCUGCACAGACACCUCAAGAAGGACGGCUGCAAUGGCGUGCCCUCCCGCCGUGGCCGCAAGCCCCGCGUGCGGGGCGGGGCGCUCGGGGGGGCCGACCCCGCUCCAGCCUCGGGGGCCCCCGUGCCCCCACCGCCUGGCGCCCCCGCCCCGCCCGGCUCGCCGGAAGAUGACACCGCCGCCGCCGCGCGGCGCAAUGGCCAGGAGAAGCACUUUAAGGACGAGGACGAGGAGGAGGACGAGGCCAGCCCCGAUGGCCUGGGCAGGUUGAAUGUAGCGAGCGCCGCAGGGGGAGGCGACGGGGGCUCCAGGGCCACCACCGCCGACGGCAGCUUCGCGGCCGGACUCGCUUGAAAAACCAAAAAAAAAAAGGCAAAACAGAAACCCGAGAAAGAGAGAGAGCAAAUCACCCACCACCCCCCAAAAACACAAAAAAAGAAAAUAUCUAUAUACAGAUAUCUAUAUCUAUAUAUAUAUAUAUAUAUAUACAGAUAUAUAUAUAUGAAGCGUCACAGAAUCUAGGGUAGUGCUUUUCUCCGAUUUUUCUCCUUCAUGACCGUUCUCCCCCUCCACGGGGACCCUUGCCCCACCUGCACCCCACCCCUAGCCCCCAGCCCCGCUUCUCCCCCACCCCAUCGAUGGCUUUUGGGGCUUGGUUUGGGGUUUUUGUGGGACACAAGGAUUCUGAACUCCCUGGGCGACCCCCACCACCACCACCACUGCCACCGGGUUUGGGGUCUGGGGUCCCAUCUGAGGCCUGAUCAGGAUCCCAGAUCCCGGCAGGGGUGAGGGUGGUCUCGGGGGAAGCCGGGGACCCAGGUGGUCUUUUCUUUUCCUUCCCUCACUGGUUUCUAGAGUCUAUGAGACAAGACCUUAAAAAAUGAUUUCUGUCUGCUGUGAGCGGACGUUAAAAUGGCCCCAUGCCCACCCCCACCCUCCUUCCUCAGGGCACUUCCUAAGUGGGGGUCUCCCCCUCCAUCUCUCUGACUGCCUCCCUGCCUCCCAUUCCUGCCUGUGGGCCCCCAUUAUAUCCUGGCCACUGCAACACAAAUCUAUUUUAUUUCCAGGCGUGGAGAAAGGGAAGAAGAUGGGGAAUAGGGGGAUGCCAGGGUGACUCCCCAGGGGCCCCCGCCGCCUUCUUUCACGGCACUUACAACCUGGUGGGACCCAGUGGGCCGGCACUGAGGGCGUCCCUGCCACCCGCGCCUUCAUCCCCUGACCCCGUGAGACGCUUGGAGAUUGUAAACUAUUUUUCUUCACCCACUCCCCUCCCCAGCCCUCUCCCAGUUUUUAAAAGCACUUUUUAUUAGAUUUUUCCCCCCCUUUUCUUCCUUAAAGACAAAAUUUAUAUAUAGAUAUAUAUAUAUAUAAAAUAUACUUUUCCUCAGAGGAGCGGACAAUAGCGAGGGGGUGAAGGAGCCGAGAGCAGGAACCCAGGGUCUCACAGUGUCAGGGAUGGGGGAGCUAGGGUGUCCAGAAGUUCCAGUGUCACAAAAAGCAAUAAAAACAAGAUUUUACAAAAACGAAAGAAAAAAAAAAACACAACAACAAGACAACCAACCACAAAUAGGAGUCUUGGCACUUUGUAACAGAACGGGUACUACACUUUAUCUUAAUUUAAAAAAAAAUGUUUACAAGUUGCAACCAACUUCUAUGAAAAGUCAAAAAGACAAAAAAAAAAAAAAACGAGCGAGCGAGAGAGAGAGCGAGCGAGAGAGAGAGCAAACAAAUUCCUAAAAGUCGAUUUAUUUUUGUACAAAAUAAUAAAAAGACAAACCCACCACAGACGUAGAAUCCACUUCUGUUCCCCGAGGUGAGCAAAGGGGGUCAGGAAGUCACGGGCGAGCGAGGGCAAAGCCUUCUAAGGCAUUUGUGCUUUACCACAGGGGCUUGCCUUCAGGCAGGACUGUGGGGUUUUUGUGUUUCUGCCGUGUCCCCCCACCCCCACCCCACCAAACCUGCCCCCUCCCCCUUCUGUCCCUUUUUGGGUUCUGAUUUUGAGAUGUCUCAUCAACUGCUAGCCAUACAGUGGCCACCAUUGUCCGCGGGGACCCUCCUUACCGACUCCCCAGCUCAGGGAUGGGCCCGAGAGAGGGCUGGCCUUCCAACCAGCCAGAGCAUUCCUGUCUCCCUGCCCUUGUCCCCCACACACCUACACACCCCCACCCUUGCUGUCCCCCAACCUCCAACAUGGCCGCCCUUCCUGUGGCCACCGGGGAGCUGCCAUCUUGGAUCCACAAUCCCCGUCGAGGUGGGCAGCAGGGGGCCCCACCUCCAGGGCCUUAGAUUCCCCCUGCACCCCUCUUUUUACUCAAAGGCACUGACUGUAAUUGGGGGCUGGCACCUGCCUCCCCCCAGCCUCUGGCCCCCACCCCCCCAAAGGCCCGGUGUUGACCGAGCCACAGGCCACGGACUGGGGCCAAGGCUGGGGAGACCCUGUUGCCAGAGGCCAGGGCACCCUUCCCCCAACCCCUAACUCCCUGUCGCAUAUGCAGCCCUAGCGUGGGACCCUGUAAAUAGACACUCUGCUGAGCUGAGACCCUUCCUAGUCAAAGCCCGAGGUGCAGGGGCAUCCCUGCCCCCCCCACUUCCAGCCACUGGCCCAUCACCCCGCACCCCUCUGUUCUGUGACAAACCCCAUCUUGUUCUUGUUUUUAAAGGGAAGCUUUUAAAGAAGGCAACUUUCAUUAUUGUUUCUACAGGAUAGUUUUUGUUUCCUCCUGCCCCCCCUACCCCCCGAGCCCAUCAGCCCCCCAAAUGUCUCAGGACACCCCCUCCUGAGGGGGGUGGCAGGGGAGCCCAGGGCCGGGUGGCCCCGUCCACACCCCAGUGUCCUGAGGCGAGCUCGAGUGCCCAGGCCAGGGACCCCCACCCCACCCCACCCCACCCCAGCUCCCAGAGAGGUUCCCUGAGGGGCUCAGCCCUCUCCUACACACCCCCUUGCAAUAAAACCAACUGAAAAAUCACAACUGUCGUCCUGGCCAGGGGGGUGACCUGACUUAGGGGAAUCCAGGCCUCUAGGACUACGGGGUGGGGAGGGGGGCCAAGGGCUGAACCCCCCGCCGAGCACACUUUAACACAAACCUCCUUGGGAAUUGCACUAAAUCCUUGCCCCUAGCUCUGCGCUCAGCUUCCGCCAGCCCUGCCCACCCACUCCGCCUUAACCCCCCUCUUGCCGCCCGCCCGCUAGCCUGUCUCGGGGGGCCACAGCAUCUGCAUGGGCCCAAAGCCGGGACCACCCCCCAACCCUCCCAGCUCAGCCCCCCACCCCCAACUCCGCGCAAUCACAUACUGUAUAUAGACGUGGAUCAAUUUUAUUUUUAUUCUUUAAAUUAAGGUCGUGAUAAAGUGUUGCCAAAGAUAACUGCUGAAUUCUCGCGUUUCAGGAAACAAACAAACAAAAAACUAUUUGAGGGGGAACGUGCUGACUGUUCAGAAAGGACACAGCAAAAAGUUUUUUUGUUUGGUUGUUUUUUUUUUUGUGGUUUCUUUUUUUGGGGUGUUUUUUUUUUUUAAACUGCCUGGUACAAAAAAAAAAAAAAGAAAAAAAGAAAAACAGCGAAAUUGUUAUUUCCAUCAUCUUGGUGAAGCUGAGUGGAUGUGUGUGUGUGCGUGUGUGUGUGAGUGAGGUCCGGGCACAGGGGGAGCUCCAGGCGGGGGCUCUGGGGGCACCCCGGGGCUGGGGGCAG